AUCAUCGUCCGCCAGUGCCAGCGUCCUCUCAUCUGUGCUCUGGUCCUCACUAUCCCCGUGACUGACGCGCGGCCUCUCGCCGCACGCAGCGCAGCCGCCGCCGCCGCCUCGCCCUCGCCGGCCGUCCGUCCGUCACCGUGGUAACUGACUGGUCUACACAUAUAGUCGGUGGUGAUCAAUACCGGACACAUUGCCAAGAUGGGGAGUUUGCGCAAGGCCACCUUUGUUCUCCUCAUGUUCUGCUUGGCGGCGUUGGGAGGCGCGGAUUAUCUCAAGUACAAGGAUCCGAAGCAGCCUCUUGGCGUUCGCAUCAAGGAUCUGCUUGGUCGGAUGACUCUCGCUGAAAAGAUCGGCCAGAUGACACAGAUUGAGAGGGAGAAUGCCACAGCAGAGGCCAUGUCCAAGUACUUCAUAGGUAGCGUACUGAGCGGUGGAGGCAGUGUGCCUUCUCCUCAAGCAUCCGCCGCGGCUUGGCAGUCGAUGGUGAACGAGAUGCAAAAGGGUGCCCUUUCUACCCGCCUAGGCAUUCCGAUGAUCUACGGUAUUGAUGCUGUGCAUGGUCACAACAACGUCUACAAAGCUACCAUCUUCCCACAUAAUGUUGGCCUCGGAGCUACCAGGGACCCUAUGUUGAUAAAGAGGAUAGGAGAAGCAACUGCUCUUGAAGUUAGAGCAACGGGAAUUCCUUACGCUUUUGCUCCGUGCAUUGCGGUGUGUAGAGACCCAAGAUGGGGACGCUGCUACGAAAGCUACAGCGAAGACCCAAAGGUUGUCCAGUCCAUGACCACACUUAUCUCUGGUCUGCAAGGUGACGUUCCGGCUGGUUCUGAGGGAAGGCCAUACGUUGGUGGAAGUAAGAAGGUUGCUGCAUGCGCAAAGCACUAUGUCGGUGAUGGUGGUACGUUUAUGGGGAUCAACGAGAACAAUACAGUCAUCGACGCCCAUGGGCUGAUGACUAUCCAUAUGCCUGCUUAUUACAAUUCUAUUAUCAGAGGUGUCUCCACUGUUAUGACCUCGUAUUCUAGCUGGAACGGCAAGAAAAUGCACGCCAACCAUUUCCUUGUCACUGAUUUUCUGAAGAACAAGCUCAAAUUCCGGGGUUUCGUGAUUUCAGACUGGCAAGGCAUUGAUCGGAUUACUAGCCCUCCAGGCGUGAACUAUUCUUAUUCAGUUGAGGCUGGAGUUGGUGCCGGUAUUGACAUGAUCAUGGUUCCUUAUGCCUACACGGAAUUCAUUGAUGAUCUGACAUACCAAGUUAAGAACAACAUUAUCCCCAUGAGCAGAAUUGACGAUGCUGUCUACAGGAUUCUUCGGGUGAAGUUCACCAUGGGUCUAUUUGAGAGCCCCUAUGCUGACCCAAGCCUCGUUGGUGAACUCGGGAAGCAGGAACACCGCGAUCUUGCUCGUGAGGCCGUCAGGAAGUCAUUGGUGCUGCUGAAAAAUGGAAAAUCUGCCUCCAGCCCAUUGUUGCCUCUCCCAAAGAAGGCCGGUAAGAUCCUCGUCGCCGGAAGCCACGCCGAUGACUUGGGCCUCCAGUGUGGAGGAUGGACCAUCACAUGGCAAGGACAGACCGGCAACGACAAAACUGCCGGGACGACCAUCCUUUCGGCGAUCAAGUCCACCGUCGACCCCAGCACGGAGGUGGUCUUCUCGGAGAACCCGGACAGCGCCGCCGUGGACAGCGGCAAGUACGACUACGCCAUCGUGGUGGUCGGCGAGCAGCCCUACGCCGAGACGUUCGGCGACAACCUGAACCUGACCAUCCCCGCGCCCGGCCCCUCGGUGAUCCAGAGCGUGUGCAAGAGCGUCAACUGCGUGGUGGUGCUCAUCUCCGGCAGGCCGCUGGUGGUGGAGCCGUACAUCGGCGCCAUGGACGCGUUCGUCGCCGCGUGGCUGCCGGGCUCCGAGGGCCAGGGCGUCGCUGACGCGCUCUUCGGCGACUAUGGCUUCUCCGGAAAGCUGGCCAGGACGUGGUUCAAGUCGGUGGACCAGCUGCCGAUGAACGUCGGCGACAAGCACUACGACCCGCUGUUUCCCUUCGGGUUCGGCCUCACCACCGAGGCCAACAAGUGAGUCGGGUCGGGUGAGAUGGGAUGUGGAUGUACUAUCUCGGCUGGGCUGUGAGAGAUGGGAUACAUACAUACAUUGAGUUUUGUGGUUGAUUUGUUGUUAGCAAUAAAAGAGCGAUGCGUUCUUGCGGA